CUUGAGAACGGUCGUGAGUGCGUCGAUCUCGGGUACCAGAAUUCCAGGCGGGUCACUCGUCGCAGACGACAUGAUUCCACGAGGAGCACAUUCCCAGAAAGGAAGUGCCAAAUCGUCACCGACAUGGAUCCAAGCAGUGGUACUGUUCGCCGGAGAGCUCCAGCCGACCUCAACGCAGAUCAUGUCGGCGGGUGGUCAGGACGAAGCACCUACGCCCAGUUUGCCAGAUGGACGUGUGCCGUCGCCGUCUCCGUGGCAUGCAGUGCGGCGACUCCGUCACAUAACCUCCGUCCAGGUCGUCAACCUGACGCCUUUUCCAAUCAGGGAUGCGUUUGCUACUGCUCUGUCACAGCCCGCAGCCCACUCUCAGUUCACACCACUUGGAAACUUCUCCGAUGACCUCGACUUGACGCUCCUUCGCAAACGACCCCGUCGAAUAUCGUCCGCUUCAGGUAGUACAUUAAAGAACUUGAUAGUUGACGACGCUACUGGUUCCCCGGACGAAGCCAGAGGCAAUCUCGAAGGAAGGAGCCGCCGCAAAGGCCCUGCACGUCUCAGUGGAAACGGAGCUUUGGCUUCCGUCUCCGCAAGCGUGCCGACCCAUCCAACCGCUACUUUUUCCUUCGACAAUUCCCAGCGUAUGCUGGAGAGAGUUAUCAAGUCGCGACUCGUAGAAACAUUCAUCACAGUCACCGUCCCGGAAACUGCAGCCCCUCCUUCGUCCAUGUCAAGUAAGGCUAGUCCCAACCCAAGGCUUCGCGCCGAGAGUGGUCCACCUGCAGGCUCAGCUAUUUCCUUGUCAUCAUCCAGCAAUACGCGUGCUCCUCCUUUGCCUAAGGCGCCGCGGGCCUCUCGUUCAGCGAGUAUUGGCGCAGUUAAAACACUUGCAACGCGUGCUAAUACCGCGACGGCUACGCGGCCGACUGCUGCCCCGACCCGUAAAGCUCAUGCUCCAUCUAAGCCCACUACGGCGUCAUCGUCAUUCAAGACACACAAGCCUUCAUCUUCUUUCCCUUCGCAGAAGGGUAACAGCCAACCACCGCCACCCGCCACUCCAGAAGUCAGAACGAGACAAGUACCCAACUACAUAUCUCCUAUUCAUCUCCCUUCGACCAACCCGAUCUUUGCAGUUGAUUCCGGUUCAAACGAGUUUACUCAGGGUACUGAUCUGAGUUCAGACACCGUCAGGAUUGAACUUUGGGCAAAGACAGAGGAAAGAAGCUUGUCAUUAAACUCCAAAGGAAAGCAGAAGGAAAUCAGUAGCCAAAAUGACGUCUCUUCACAGGGGUCGGAGUGGAAGCUUCUUGACGAAUGGAACGUAGUAUUGUCAGACAUGGUACCACUCCCGCCCGAGCUCGAAAAUCGCCAGUCCUACCUGCCUUCGAACUCGCUUGUCAUAACCUUUUCUCCCUCCGGACAGAGUUUUUAUGUGCCCGUCUCACAACCCCGGCAUCAGGGUCCUUCCCGCUCCCGAUCUGUAUCUCCAUCUGGUUACAACACUGACCCGGAAGCCGAGAUUCGCAGAUUCGACCACGCCGCUUCGUCGACCCCCAUUGAGACCACGCACGCUUCCGAUAGUUACUCGCAAUUAAGCUUGUCGCGCAGAGCUCGUAGGUCCACUGCAAGGACUGCCAGCUUUCAGGAACUCUUUCAACUCGCGACUCUGCAGUCUUGCAUUCGAGACACCGAGCAGUCGCUUCGUGCUGUUGUGAAGGGGACUGAUAAACUAUUGGAAAAUAGCGAUGUCAUGGUUCUGAGGCGGGAAGUUUGUGAGCGCGAGGUGCGCAUUCAGGACCGACAAGCCGAGGUCCGUACCGUUAUCGAGCACAUGAGUUCCUUGCGUGGCGACAUUGUUACGCGCCGUGAACAAAUACAGGCCCGUAGAGAGAGCCUCGAAAGAGCCAGGGCUGUACAUGCUGAAAGUGCUAUUUUACUUUCAAUUCAAGCUGAGAGAGUUGCUGAGCAAAGAAGUGCUGUUGUGGCCACGCGCAAUCGUAUACCACCUACCCGGACAUCGUUGAUUUCGGUAUUGGCCUCCAUAUACCCGAUCGAGCUUGACUCUCCCUCCGACUUGCUGUACACAAUUCUCGGCGUUCCUUUGCCCAUUCCUCUGAAUGGAAAUGAGCCAGCGCCUCCGCUUUCGCUCCCGUCUCACAAGGAAGUGACGGAAGAUGCGGUCGCCACGGCCUUGGGUUACGCCGCACACCUAGUCCAGCUGCUUGCUGUGUACAUGGGAAAAGGACUGGUGUAUCCCGUCACCUAUGUUGGAAGCAGGAGUCUAAUCAAAGAUAAUAUCUCCGCUAUGGUUGGUCCACGAAUGUUCCCUCUUUUCUCCAAAGGGGUUGAUACUUACAGAUUUGAAUAUGGUGUAUUUCUAUUGAACAAAGACAUUGAGAUGCUUAUGGCAGAGCGAGAUUUACGAGCCCUUGAUAUGCGACAUACCUUACCUAAUUUGAAGAACUUACUCCUUACACUUACUGACGGAGAAUGUGCAAACCUCCGAUACUCGCAGAUACCAGAUUCCCCGGCUACUUCGGGAUUGGCUACGCCUCCUGGGUCGCCGUCGUCUGUUCCUACUCAUCCGUCUUCCGAUACGCCCAAGGCGGGCCGGAGUCCGCACUCUGUCAAUUCAGAGCUGCCUCCGGAGGUCGACUCGCCUCCCCGGAGUGGCAGAGGAAUGGGGACCACCACACCUACCGAGGGUACCACGCACUCACGGUACUCGAAGCUUACGCUUGGUUUUCCGCCUCUAACGGGCUUCUUACGUCCCCGAAACCCGGCUUCUAUUUUGCGCUCUUCUCCCAGGUCUGCAUGUGAACAGACCGAAGAAGGACCACGGUCGUCUGCUGUGUGGAGUACAGCAAGUUCGUCGGGUCCUGAGGAAUCAGUCAGGCAGACUGGAAGUGAAGAUGACGACGAUCGGCGGACGAUCAAGGGUGUACGUGUUCACCAUACAGAGCAGACAGAUGAGGGUAAAGUGAUGAAUGGACGUGUGCCUUCUGAGCCAUCUACGGAAGAGAAGCUCACUGACGGAUCGUCGUUGACUACGCCAUCUACUGUCGUUCAUGUAUAUGAGAGCGGUUGCUAGUGAACGCUUGUCUGUGAACCCCGACGAUUGCCAUAGCCGAUGCGACGUCAAAAAAAUGAUAUCCGUGG